AUGGAAUACGCAUGGAUCUGCAUAAACUGCCUCAAAACAGAGCCAAAAGAGAGCAAACUCCAAAUCACUCCAAACUCGGACGGGUCUCGUCAAUGCAAGAAAUGCGAAACCACACGCGUGACUGCAAAUGGCGAUGUGAACCACGUCGCCGAAGUCAUAUGUAAAAACGAAUUAGACCAGCGGCAAAACAUAGACUCCCGGUUUCGAGCAAAAUGUCUUACCCUAAACAAGGUCGGCACCAAGAAUUGUACCGGGUGCAAUGUAGAGCUUCCAGGUGGUGACUUGAAUGCCACUUCCAUCGAUGUAAUGGCAAAGAUCUACUUGGUUAGGGGUGAUUAUAAGUUUGGGCCAUGGCUUUGUAACAAAUGCGGUGCGGAGAAUACGGCGGCUAGCAUAUCUUGUCCUACGAAGGACUGUACUGCAGUUUUGAAUGAUAGAGCAAACGACGGGCCAUAUCGGAUCGUAAUCAUCCCAGACAAAUGA